UGACAAAGGAAUACAUCGAAAUGGCAAUGCUAACGUUUGAGCACUGUUGCUGCUGCUUCGACCUUCGGAUUGGAAGUUUAAUUAUUGCAUACCUGGAUGUGAUUUUUAACAUAGUGAUGUCCGUGGUAUCUGGUGUGAGGUUGCGUGAUGGUUUGACGCUAAGGAGGCUGGGAAUAGACUCAAUGUUUAACAUCUCAACGUCCAUCAUCACCACAAACUCCAUUCAACUGGCCAUCGCUCUGCUGUUCAUUAUAUUUUCUAUUAUGCUGGUGUAUGGGAUUCAUAAGUACCAUCGCCUCUUCGUGAAGUCGUACUUAAUUUAUUCGUUCAUUUAUAUCGUUCUGAUAACAAUUAUUUUCUUUGUCUGCCUCGGGAUUGAGACGGUCCCCGCCGGAGAAAUUAUCAAAUUUGUAUUUUCUAUAUGUAUCAACAUAUACUUCUUGCUGGUGAUCAGAAGUUAUUACCUCACGAUGGGCGAAAUACAAACCAACUAUAAUGGUUAGACUAAUCGAUGUUUCGUCUCUUUCACACUCAACAAGUUUUACAUAAGUUAGAACGUGUGAAAUAGUGAUUUGUUAAUUGACUG